GGAGCAAGGGAAGCCUGGAGGAAAAGGGCUCAACAGCUGGAAAACAGGGGAAAUCAGUCGUGUGAAGGCCAAGAGAAAAUACACUUUAACUAGGGCUCCAUGGGCUUUGGAGUCGUGACAGGAUCUAAAAGCUGGAAUCUCGAGCUUGGGAGAUGCUGAAAAACGCUGACUUAGGCGAGGGCUUUGCUUUCAACUUCUCCCUUUUCAGCCCAAUUCCUGCAGCCAGGAGCAGGCACAGAGCAGCCCCCAGGUGCCUGGCCUGGCCCUGGCUCUGCCCUCGCUGUGCCACAGCCCGGGGGUGGCACCACUGGAGAAGCUGUCAUCGCAUCCUUGUGUGGGGUGGAACGGGGCAGAAUUCCUGCCCCAACCCUCUUCCCCCAACCCCCUGAUUCCCUUUACUUGUCCCAGGGACAAGGAGCAGCUCAAGGUGAGAGUUUAUUCUCAGGGCAGCUCACAGGAUGCACAAUUUUGGAGGCCACCAUCAUGUUGUGUCCAGGCUUUGCAGAGGAAAACCUGGCAAGCAGCACCAGAUGGGACUGGGGAGUCCAGGCUGAGGCCUCGCCGAGGAUCUUUAGUCAUUCUUUAAUUGAAAAUAAGCAGUGAAAAAUCUUAAUAUUUGAAUUAUGCAACUCCAAAUUGUGUUUAAAGCUGCGUGUUUCAUCUCCACCGUUUCUGUGUACUGGGGGGGGGGAAACAUUAGUUUAGGUUAAUGGCUUUAAGCUGAAGGAGGAGAGAUUUAAAUGAGAUUUUAGGAAAUCUGGGAGGUUGUGAGGUUGCCCAGAGGAGCUGUAGCUGCCUCUGGAUCCCUGGAAGUGUCCCAGGCCAGGUUGGACAAGGCUUGGAGUACCCUGAGGUAGUGGAAAGUGUCCCUGCCCUUGUGGAAUGAGAUGAGCUUUAAGGUCCUUCCCAACCCAAACCAUUCUGUGACUUCCAUGAUAAAUCUGGGGCAGGAUUCAUCUCCUGGAUUUCCCCUUGUACCUUCUCUACAUGACCUCAGGGCUGUGCUGGGUGUCAUUCCAAGCCCCUGCAGCACAAAUACCACCCAUGGCACAGGUAAAGAUGGGAAAACAGGAGUAGAAUUUCACUUCCAGGGAUUCAGAUUCCCAUAAGGACACGAAGAGGAGCACCGCAGAUCCCAGGAGGACCCAGCUUCCCUGCCCUGAGCUCUGGCCUGGGCUGUUUAAGCCAGCCCAGAGCAGAGCAAGGCAGGGGUUAAGCGUUUCCUUACUGGGAUGAGGACCACACACAGGCCCUGGCUGCUGACAUCUUUGCAAAGAGCACCCUCCUUCAUCUCCAGCCUCUUCUCAUUCCUGGGAGCUCAUCCUGCCUUUCCCGGGAGCUCAUCCUGCCAUUCCCGGGGAGCUCAUCCUGCCAUUCCCGGGGAGCUCAUCCUGCCUUUCCCGGGGAGCUCAUCCUGCCUUUCCCGGGAGCUCAUCCUGCCAUUCCCGGGGAGCUCAUCCUGCCUUUCCCGGGAGCUCAUCCUGCCUUUCCCGGGAGCUCAUCCUGCCAUUCCCGGGGAGCUCAUCCUGCCUUUCCCGGGAGCUCAUCCUGCCUUUCCCGGGGAGCUCAUCCUGCCUUUCCCGGGAGCUCAUCCUGCCUUUCCCGGGGAGCUCAUCCUGCCUUUCCCGGGAAGCUCAUCCUGCCAUUCCCGGGGAGCUCAUCCUGCCUUUCCCGGGGAGCUCAUCCUGCCUUUCCCGGGAGCUCAUCCUGCCUUUCCCAGCCCUGUCCCAGCAAAUGGGAUCUGCACCACUGCUGCAGAUUUUAUCUGCCAUCUCUGCAGGGAGGUUUGGGUUUGGCUGCUGGGCUGCUCUGCAGCGGCACCGCUGGGAUAUUUGGGAUUCUCUGGGAGGUGAGGGAUGUGCUGCACUCAUCCCAUACUCAUAAAUGGGUGGACCAGAAUGAAACCCCGCAGGCUUUGUGCAAGUCCCCAGCACGAGGAGAGUGUGGUGUGAUCGCCGCAGACUGAGUGGAAAUUCUCUGCAAGCCAGGAAUCUUUCACCGGAGCAAUUAGCAGAGCAUUUUAAAGAACAAAUGCGAUUGGAAUCUCGGGAUCCAUUUGUGGAUGGGGUAAAAGCUGAGUUGCCUGAAUGGGUUCUUUGUUUUCCAUCACUUUUUUUAGGUUCAGCCAGUACACUCUGAGAGCAAGUGCUCUUCCCUCAGAGUGGUAACAGUCCUUAAAGUGUGUUUGAAAUCCAGGGAGACCCUGGAGAGGAUUUCUGGGCUGCUGCUCACCACCCCCUGCCAGUGCUGUUAUUUCCUACUCUCUUUAAGGGAUCGGGUGACCCAGGGCACUCUUGGGACUGCUUUUCCCCGAGGGUGUUGCCACAGGAGGAAGGAUUCCCAUUGAUCCCGAGCUCCUUCCCGCAGGGGCGAUGCCGGUGCUGGGGACGAGCCCGUGCUGACCCCUCGGUGCUGGCCUGGCACUGCCCAUCCCCGCGGGCCUCGGGAGAGCACGGAGCGGCCGAGGAUGCCUGCGGAGGGACCCGGGACUCCUCUCUGGACAUAAGGGGUGGCCGAGGGAGAGACAUGUGGGGACAGCGCCCUCCCAGCCGGCACAGAUCUCCCUGCUCCGACACGAGCGGCGCUGACCAUGGCCACAGCUUGGAGGCUCCUCACCUGGACCGUCACCCUCGGCCUGGCCGGGGGCACCUUCCCCGGCUACUCCUUCCAGUCACAAGAGGAAUUCCUCUCCAGCUUGGAUCACUAUGAGAUCGCCUUCCCCAUCCAAGUGGACCAGAACGGGGACUUCCUCACCUUCGACAUGCGCCGGCAGCUGAAGCCGCGGCCCCGGCGCUCCCUGCCCUAUGAGCCCUCGGAGCAGCAGGUCUUCUACAAAGUCUCUGCCCACCACACCCAGUUCCUGCUCAACCUGACCCUGCACUCCAACCUGCUGGCCGAGCACUUCACCGUGGAGUACUGGAAGCGGGAUGGCAUGGACUGGCAGCACGACUUCCACGAGGACUGCCACUACGCCGGCCACCUGCAGGACCAGUACCUCAGCUCCAAGGUGGCCAUCAGCAACUGCAAUGGGCUGCAUGGGGUGAUUGUGGCGGAUGAGGAGGAAUAUUUCAUCGAGCCCCUGAGCCCCGGAGCCAACAUCAGCAUGGGGGGUGAGGGCAAGGGCAGCCCCCACGUCGUGUACAAGCGCUCGUCCCUGCAGUACCCUCACAUGGACGCAGCCUGCGGAGUGCUGGACGAGAAGCCCUGGAAGGGGAGGCACUGGUGGCUCAGGACAUUGAAACCCUCCCCUCUGAAGCCAUCGGGCAACCACAGCCAGCGGGGGCAGCUGCCCCUGAAGAGGUCGGUGAGCACCGAGCGCUAUGUGGAGACCCUGGUGGUGGCUGACAAGAUGAUGGUGGGCUACCACGGCCGCAGGGACAUCGAGCAGUACAUCCUGGCCAUCAUGAAUAUUGUUGCCAAACUUUUCCAGGACUCAAGUCUGGGCAAUAUUGUCAAUAUCCUGGUGACCCGGCUGAUCCUGCUCACCGAGGAUCAGCCCACGCUGGAGAUCAACCACCACGCCGGGAAAUCCCUGGACAGCUUCUGCAAGUGGCAGAAAUCCAUCGUGAACAGGAACGGCAACGGGAACGCCAUCCCUGAGAACGGCAUCGCCAACCACGACACCGCCGUGCUGAUCACCAGGUAUGACAUUUGCAUCUACAAGAACAAGCCCUGUGGCACCCUGGGCCUGGCCCCCGUGGGGGGGAUGUGUGAGCGGGAGCGGAGCUGCAGCAUCAACGAGGACAUCGGGCUGGCCACCGCCUUCACCAUCGCCCACGAGAUCGGCCACACGUUUGGCAUGAACCACGAUGGGGUUGGCAACAGCUGCGGCUCGCGGGGGCAGGAGACGGCCAAGCUGAUGGCUGCUCACAUCACCAUGAAGACCAACCCGUUCGUGUGGUCCACGUGCAGCAGGGAUUACAUCACCAGCUUCCUGGACUCUGGGAUGGGACUGUGCCUGAACAACGCUCCUCCCAAGCAGGAUUUCAUCUACCCCACGGUGGCCCCGGGCCAGGCCUACGAUGCUGACGAGCAGUGCCGCUUCCAGUACGGAGUCAAAUCCCGCCAGUGUAAAUACGGGGAAGUCUGCAGCGAGCUGUGGUGUCUGAGCAAAAGCAAUCGCUGCAUCACCAACAGCAUCCCCGCAGCUGAGGGCACCAUCUGCCAAACCAACACCAUCGACAAGGGGUGGUGCUACAAGAGGGAGUGUGUGCCCUUUGGGACGCGGCCGGAGGGCGUGGAUGGAGCCUGGGGGUCCUGGUCAUCCUGGGGCGAGUGCAGCCGGACGUGUGGUGGCGGCGUGUCCUCGUCCGUGCGCCACUGUGACAGCCCCAGGCCCACGAUCGGAGGGAAGUACUGCUUGGGAGAGAGGAAACGCUACCGCUCCUGCAACACCGAUGACUGCCCGCCGGGCUCGCAGGAUUUCCGAGAGCUGCAGUGCUCCGAGUUUGACAACGUGCCCUUCCGAGGGAAGUACUACACCUGGAAAACCUACCGGGGAGGGGGUGUCAAGGCCUGUUCCCUCAACUGCCUGGCCGAGGGCUUCAACUUCUACACGGAGAGGGCGGCGGCCGUGGUGGACGGGACCCCGUGCAGGCAGGACUCCAAUGACAUCUGUGUCAACGGGGAGUGCAAGCACGUGGGCUGUGACCGGGUGCUGGGCUCCGACUCCAAGGAGGACAAGUGCCGGGUGUGUGGGGGAGAUGGCAGCUCCUGUGAGACCAUCGAGGGUGUCUUCAACCAGUCCCUGCCCGAGGGAGGUUACGAGGAGGUGAUCCAGAUCCCCAAGGGUUCCGUCCACAUCGACAUCCGGGAGCUGAACCUCUCAAUCAACUACCUGGCACUGCGAGGGGAGAGUGGUGAAUAUUUCAUCAAUGGGAAGCUCUCCAUCGAUCCCCCCCGGCGCUUCGACAUCGCCGGCACCACCUUCCACUACAGGAGGUCCCCUGAAGAGCCCGAGUCACUGGAGGCUUUGGGACCCACCAACGUCACCCUCUUUGUCAUGGUGCUGGUACGGACAGAGCUGCAGGGCAUCCGCUACAAGUUCAACGCUCCCGUGGGCAGGGAUGGCUCCAGCCAGUACUCCUGGCACUACACCCCAUGGACCAAGUGCUCUGUGCUAUGUGCAGGGGGCAGCCAGAUCCAGUCUGUGGUGUGCAGGAAGCUCUCCGAUGGCUCAACUGUCCCCAACCAUUUCUGCAGCGCUGACACCAAAGUGCCCGAGCGGCAGAGGAGCUGCAACACCGAGCCCUGUCCCCCGGCCUGGGCCAUUGGCAACUGGUCCGAGUGCAGCCGAAGCUGCAACGAGGGCGUCCGGACCCGCAGCGUUUUCUGCAAGAGGAAGAUCUCUGCCAGCGAGGAGAAAAACCUGGAUGAUGCCUCCUGCAGCCAGCCACGGCCAAAGAUGCUGGAGCCCUGCAACAACCAAACAUGUCCUCCAGAGUGGGUGGCCCUGGACUGGUCAGAGUGCACCCCGAGCUGCGGGCCCGGCUUCCGCCACCGCAUUGUCCUGUGCAAGAGUGGCGACCACAGCGUGACCCUGCCCUCGUCCCAGUGCCACGAGGCUGCCAAGCCCCCCACCAGCAUGAGGUGCAACCUGCGGCGCUGCCCCCCACCCCGCUGGGUCACCGGCGAGUGGGGAGAGUGCUCUGCCCAAUGUGGCCUUGGCCAGCAGAGAAGAUCCGUCCAGUGCCUGGCUCACACUGGGCAGCCAUCCAUGGAAUGUGUGGAGGCCCUGCAGCCCCCCGGGAUGCAGCAGUGCGAGACCAAGUGCGAGUCAGGGCCCACAGACAACCCUGAAGAGUGCAAGGAUGUGAACAAGGUGGCCUACUGCCCGCUCGUCCUCAAGUUCAAGUUCUGCAGCCGGACCUACUUCCGACAGAUGUGCUGUAAAACCUGCCAGGGGCACUAGGACACAGCAGGACCCCCGUGGCAAAACUGGAAGGCCAAAGCUACGCCGGAGGGCUGCCCGAGCCAUGCCCUCCCUGCCCUGGGAAUCUCCCCUGGCUCCCACAGACUCCGGCCACGGUGUCACCCAAACCCGUCCCCCACAGACCCCCUUGGCCCCCGAGCUUCACAAUGGCAGGUUCCCAGUUAAACCACUGCAGCCCCAGCUGGAUGAGAGCUGGGAGAGGGGGGAGCUGGGCAGAACAGGGACUUUACUUGAAAUUCUGAUGUUGUUAUUUAUUAGUAGCGGAGCCAGGUCCCUCAGGUGCCAUAGAGGGAAGUGGCACCGCUCACCCCGCUCCUGCCUCAUCCUGCUCUGUGUCCCCAGGGCAUCACCACGGGGCUUGAGCACCCCCGGGGCUCUGCCCUUCCCUCGGGAUCCCAGGGGAGACAGGGAGGAGGGUUCAGGUGCCGCGGGUGGCCAGCGUGGCUUGUGGCUGCUGGGCGAUGGAUGAAGAGGAGCCUCUGUGGGGAGUGGGGCGGAGCAGGGAUUUUGUCCCCUUGGUUUGCACCCUGUCACCUCGGGACUGGCAGCAGGGAACAGGGAGCAGGUCACCCCAUGAGCAGAUGGUGACACCAGUUUAACUGGGAGAGGAGGUUCUCCAGACUCCCACGGUGACCAACCUGGACUAGGGUGUUCCCCUAUUUGUCCUUAACGCCCUUGUCAUUUUUAGGACCAGUUUUUAUCCCUCGAAGCACAAGCUGAGGUGGGGGCAGAGGCGUGCUCAGGGUUGCAUCUUCAUGAGCAUCAGGGCUGUGCCAGGCUCAGGGAGCAAAGCAGAGGAGGAUGCAGGACACGAGGGGUCCUGUCACAGUGUCCCCAGGGCACGAGGGGGUCCUGUCAGUGUCCCCAGACUCUGGCCCUGCUCAGAGCUCUCCUCAGCCUCUACAGUGGCCUCACUUCCAAAGGUGCUUGACUUCCAAAGGUGCUUUGCCUCCAAAAGGUGCUUUGCCUCCAAAGGCAGCCUGGCCACGUGUGGCUGUGGCCUCGAGGUGCCAGUCCCAGUGCCACACACUCCUCUGCCCACAGGAGGCCUCCAGUGAUGGGAAAAGAGCAGGCUUGAAAUUCCUCCAGGUCACCUCGUGGCCAAACCUGGGCCCAAUUCUCCAUGGGCAGCCUGUGGAGGAAACCUGACUUCAACUCUCCAAAGCAUGUGCAUUUUGUUAGCAUUGUAAUUGUGAUUGUUACAAUUAUUUUCAGGACUUUCCACAUCACAGCAAUGGGAAACCUUUGUCCAAAGCUGUGUUUUGUUCCCCUGAGGCCAUCCCUGUGGUGCAGGGAGGGGAGAGCCCCCGUGCCCCAGAGCAAAGCCCCCCCUGUGUUCCUCUCCCAGCUGCAUUUUUGUGUCCACCUGCUCCUCAGCCGAUCGCAGCUUCUCUGGUGCUCAGCAAACCUCGUUUCUCUUCCUUCCUGGUGCCAUGCUCCAUUCUGAUGUUUUGGGUGAGGGGAGGGGGUGUUUUCACCAUUUUUAUAUCGAUAUAUAUCUACUGACCAAUGUUUAACAUACUAACUCUGAGGAGGAGCGACGUAACGGCAUGAAUUAUAAUAAAGGAGUAGCUACGAU